GUGGGUGGCGACGGGUUGUAAAUCCGGGAGGUUAGUUAACUCGGGUGAAGGUAGCAAGCCUCUUGGGCGCCAGGGUUGACUCAGUUCUAAGUGCUCCGUCAGGCGACCCGCGGUGCCUUAACUCGGAGUCGGAUGCCUAGUGAGCAACUCUAUAGUAUAGUUGUUCCCCAGGCCUCUGCUGAACACUUGAGGUCUAGUACCAAGGGGACGUUACCUCUCUCACACACACGUACACGCCCCGUUCACCCCAGUCGGUUAGGGGAGCGGACAGUUUUCGGGAGUGUGGCGGACCUGGGGUUUGGCUUAAGUGAGUCGACUGUGUCAAAGGGGGGAAAAAAAGGCGCCUUCGCGGCGGAGAUACAGGUCCCUACUUAGGGUUUCGGAGGCGGAAUCUUGCGCCCGGAGGGGGCCGCACAUAACUUUCCGAUCCGAAAAGCACCGAAAGGCGGAAACAAAACAAAACAAAAAACCCCCCCAACGAUCCGUCAUGCCAACUAAGCUAGGGGGCUCUGAGAAGGCAACAAGGCGUUCCGGGGGCGGCGGGGCCAAACAGAAGGUUGAGGUUCAAUUCGGGAGCUAGAAAGCGUAGAAAGAGGGUUUCGCGGGUAGCGCGUUCCAAGGGAGCGAAGGGCUGAGGAGGAACAUUCUGACACAGUUGCGCUCAAAACUAACUCUCACCCUGAAAGAAAGGAAAAACAAGCCAGGGAAAACUGUUGGCAAACUGGAAAGUAGAAAGGGAGGCGGGUGGGCGGGGGUAGGGGGGAUUCUGCCCAAGCCAAUCAGUGGCGCUAGGGCCGAUGACGUCACAGCCAAUGGACAGCCAGCGCGGGACUUUCAAUUAUUGAUCCGCCCAAUCGGGAAAAGACUGUGCCUAUAAAGACCGCUGCGGCGGGCUGGAUCCCGGUUCCUCUCCUUGCGCGUCGCUGCGCCGGUGAACUCGUGUCUCGGUUCGCUAUGGCCCGUACAAAGCAGACUGCCCGCAAGUCGACCGGUGGCAAGGCCCCGCGGAAGCAGCUGGCCACCAAGGCGGCCCGCAAGAGCGCGCCGGCCACCGGCGGCGUCAAGAAGCCGCACCGCUACCGGCCGGGCACCGUGGCCCUGCGGGAGAUCCGGCGCUACCAGAAGUCGACCGAGCUGCUGAUCCGCAAGCUGCCCUUCCAGCGGCUGGUGCGCGAGAUCGCGCAGGACUUCAAGACCGACCUGCGCUUCCAGAGCUCGGCCGUGAUGGCGCUGCAGGAGGCGAGCGAGGCCUACUUGGUGGGGCUGUUUGAAGACACGAACCUGUGCGCUAUCCACGCCAAGCGCGUGACUAUCAUGCCCAAAGACAUCCAGCUGGCCCGCCGCAUCCGCGGGGAGCGGAGCCACCCACAACUGCACUUGGAAGAAGCUGUGCCACUUGGCCGUGCUCUCCCGGCGGACCCUCGCAUACCCCGGGAGGAGAGGCUGUUAGAGCGGGCAGAGCGUUGGGCUCCAACAGAAAGGCUAAAGAAAGGCCAGGUAUCUGGCCUAGUCCCCUGCUUGCUGGCCGCCUUCCGGGGUGUCAAGAUCUUUGAGUUUGGUCAGUCGGAUUCUCUGGCCUGGCGAGCUUGCCGCUGCGUUCUUGGGCGCGGCCAGGGCGCCCAGUUUCGCUUCUUGGAGGCAGCCACGGGUCCUCCCGUAGGGUCGGGCUCUUCUAGGGCGUCUUCGUACUCGACCUUGGCCCAGAACUGUGACCGCAUCCCGAAUGACAUUCUCCAGGAACACCUUCAACACACCUCGGGUCUCUUCGUAAAUGAGGCCAGAGAUGCGCUUGACCCCCCCGCGCCGAGCAAGACGCCGGAUGGCGGGCUUGGAGCUAUCAUGGCGCGUACAAAGCAGACUGCCCGGAAGUCGACUGGUGGCAAGGCCCCGCGGAAGCAGUUGGCCACCAAGGCGGCCCGCAAGAGCGCGCCGGCCACUGGCGGCGUCAAGAAGCCGCACCGCUACCGGCCGGGCACCGUGGCCCUGCGGGAGAUCCGGCGCUACCAGAAGUCGACCGAGCUGCUGAUCCGCAAGCUGCCUUUCCAGCGGCUUGUGCGCGAGAUCGCGCAGGACUUCAAGACUGAUCUGCGCUUCCAGAGCUCGGCCGUGAUGGCGCUGCAGGAGGCGAGCGAGGCCUAUCUGGUGGGGCUGUUUGAAGACACGAACUUGUGCGCUAUCCACGCCAAGCGCGUGACCAUCAUGCCCAAAGACAUCCAGCUGGCCCGCCGCAUCCGCGGGGAGCGGGCUUAAGGCACACGUUUUAAACUAGACGAUUUAAAGGCUCUUUUCAGAGCCACCCACGUUUUCAUAAAGAGCAGCUGUUUUCAUAAAGAGCGCCCACGUUUUUAUGAAGAGCAACAGGAACUCACCAGCUUUAAGCUUGGUGAGUUCCUAAUGCACAAGUGUUAAGGGUAAAGUGGAUCGGGGCGUCUCGCACGUGUUGGGUGGUGAGGUUAUGGAAUUAAGGCAGACAGACGCUAGAGGGACCACCAGAGGCAAGGUCUGGGUCGUGUCGGUCAAGUACUGCUUUUAUCUCCUGGCUUGAUUUCUUAGUCCAGAGC